AUGGCUCAAAAUCCAUGGUUCGUAAAAAAAUCCAAAACUUUACGAACAAGUCAAUUAGAAAAAUUUAUAAAUAAAUUUAAUGAAGAAUAUGAGCACUUGAUGCAUAUGACCAGAUUUAAAUACAUAAAAAGAACCCUCGAAACAAUUAAAGAAAAUUCAGAUUUAAUUAUUAAUAAAAAAACAUUCAGCAUAUUAAGAAUAAGUUGUGUGGCACAAUUACAGCCCAAAUAUUUGAACAAGAUUGAUGAUGGGAUAAGUGUGUAUUUAUCAAAUUUUAUGUUAAAAGCCAAUCAUGAUGUCGAAGGAUUUUGUUUAUGCUUCAACAAAAUUAAAUUAAAAGAAAAAGAAUCUAGAGUUAUGAAUAAUGACCCAUCGAUUAUGUUUGUAAAAAUAAGUUUUAAACUUUUAAUCCUUGUUUUAAAGGAAAACUAUGAAAUAAAGGCAAAAAUAAAUAAAAUAGAACCAUUAAAAAUACAUUUAGAUAUCUUUGGAAUAGUUGAGGCAAUUUUUAUUGAAGACAUGUUUAAAGAUUUUCAUUAUGAUUCAAGAAAUAAUCGAUUUCGAAGAGAGGGGAAAAUUUUUUCAUUAUACGACAUCGUCCUUUUUACCAUAAAGAAGGUAACGCACGGAGACAACGGAGCAAAUGUGAAAGUAAUAGGAUAUUUUUAA